AUGGCUUCAGGAAUUGAAGAUGAGCAACAGGGGGCUUGGUACUUUGGAUCGAAUUCAUACGUUCCUGAGUGUAGUUCUGAAUCCGAAGAAGAGCCACAGAAUGUGGAACAAAUAGGACCACAGCAACAAAUUCAGUAUAAGCGAAGACUCACGAAUGAGUUAAGGCAACUUAUUUUGCAAGACUUGUUGUCACUAAAGGUUAGUGACUCACUUCCUCAUGGUACAUUCAAACGCAUAGCUCAAAAAUACGGCUACACACAUAGAACCAUCCGAAAUUUAUGGAAACGAGCAAUACAAACCAAGGAAGCAAACAAACCAUACAAUGUGGAAUCCAAGUUCAAAAAUUGUGGAAGAAAAAGAGUCGUCAUACCACCAAACUUACUUGAGUCUAGACCCAUUGGCGAACGCACUUGCAUUAGAGAUGUUGCAACAUGUUUAGAUUUGGCACCGUCAACGGUGUGGAGGUUGAUAAAAAGAGGCGACAUAAAGGCUCAUUCAAAUCCAUUACACCCUGCUUUAACCGAUGCCAACAAAAUAAGGAGGGUGGAGUGGAUUUUGAGCCUUAUCCAAGAAGACACAAUUCAAAGACACCCGAUUUACAAAGGAAUGUACGAUUAUAUUCACAUUGACGAGAAGUGGUUUUAUUUAACCAAGAAAACGCAAAGGGUUUAUUUAGCACACAAAGAAAAGGUCCCAUAUAAGGCAGCGAAGUCAUCAAAGUUCAUACCUAAGGCCAAGUGA